CAACUACAGGGACACGCGUAACGCGACAAUGGCGACCUGAAAGACUGGCGUGCGUUUCCUUGCUACGUAUGCUUUUGACAUCUCGUCAGUGUUUACCGUGUGCUUUUCGCGCGUUCUUGAAUGUGAAAUACGUCCGUGCCGCCGUAAAAUAUGUGACUGGUGAAGUGGAAACGCGAGAAACAAAGAAUCGCGUUGAUCCAGCCGUUAAAGCUAGCUAGGCGCACGACUCGAUUCAAUGGUGUUGGUCCCUGCCGAAAAAACAGGAAAGCCAUGUAUACAUCGAUAUCUUGCCAACUAUAAUGCCCUGUGGAGCAACAAUAAACACUUGCCACCUAAAUCUAUUGGGGUGCUGAUACGGCAUGUUAAAAUAAGGGAAGCGAACGAGGGAGAUGAGCCACAAUAUCGCAGGCAUGCCACCCUUUGCAAGGAUGCCUUUGGGGGGUAUAGGUAUGAACAUGGGUGUGAACAUGGGACCUAAUGCCCCGCAUCCCGAAUCUUCUGCUCACCCUCAUCCGCCGCCGCCGCCACCUGCUGGUGCGAAUCCUAAAAAGAAAAGGCGUACAAAUGCAAACGUUGCUCAACCAACUCCGCAACAACCUCCAACGGUCCAAGAUUUAUUACCACCACCUUUAACAGGGUACGGAGACACGAUUGUAGCGAGUAAUCCUUUUGACGAUACGCCCCCUCAAACGACGCAAUCCCCGAUGAUGCACGGCGGACCACCACAUAUGCAUCCGCACCACCCGCAUCAUAUGACUGGACCACCCAUGAGAGGCAUGAGUCCGUUGACUUCAAUAGGCGGAAUGAGUCCUAUGAUGCCUCAUAACAUGGGUAAUAUGAGUCCAAUGGGAAAUCCACCCAUGUCGAAUCACAUGAAUCACAUGGGGGCAAUGUCUCCUAUGAAUCACGCGCCAAUUGGUGGUAUGAGUCCCAUGAAUAACAUGGGCCCGAAUAUGCCACCAGGCCCUAUGAACACUAUGAACAAUCAUAUGAACAUGAGUCACAUGGGCAAUUCUCAACUUAGCGGCCCGCCUAUGGGUAGUCCGAUGAAUAACAUGAACAGCGGUCCAAUGGGUAGUCCAAUGAAUAACAUGGGUCACAGUAUGGGAAGUCCUAUGGGUGGUCCCUUAGGAUCUCCUAUGAAUACGAUGGGAGGGUCCAAUCAUAUGCCUAAUGGCCCCAUGAAUAUGAAUAACAUUAAUAGCCACAUACCACCUAACAGCCCAUUAAACGGUCCGUCUAUGAACAGCGUAAACAGUCCAUUAGGACAUAACGGAUCUCAACCGCAUCCGAAUCAUAUGGGGAAUAAUCUUAAUAAUUUAGGUAGACCCAUGAAUGGACCUAUGACUACCAUGAGUUCCAUGGUAUCUAAUAACAUGAACAUGAGCGGUCCGAAUCAAAUAAGUAAUAUGAACAUGGGCGGACCGCCGAUGAAUAAUAUGUCUAAUAUGAGUAUCAAUCAUCACAAUCAAAUGGCUCACAUGGGUGGUCCAAUGGGUACAAUGUCCAGCAAUAUGGGUGGUGGUCCUCCGAUGGGUCAUCCCAUUAACAUGGGCGGCUCCAUGCCACCUCAUGGUUUUCAAGGUCCACCAGGAAUGGGACCAAAACCAAUGCCAGUUUCUGCAGGAAAGAUAUAUCCACCGGAUCAACCGAUGGUAUUUAAUCCGCAAAAUCCUAAUGCUCCACCCAUCUACCCCUGUGGAGUGUGUCACAAAGAAGUGCACGAUAACGAUCAAGCGAUACUUUGUGAAUCUGGUUGUAAUUUCUGGUUUCACAGGGGAUGCACAGGAUUGUCAGAAACAGCUUAUCAGUUACUAACGGCAGAAGUUUACGCGGAAUGGGUGUGUGAUAAGUGCUUGCAGUCGAAAAACAUACCUUUGGUUAAAUUUAAACCAUAACACUUCUUGACACGUCGUAUAUGCGACGCACGAGUGACUCUUUGUUAGCGUUUACACCUUGUACACGCACAUAUGCGCGUGCGAUUGCACACACGUAUUCACGUACGGCAUACACUAAUGCACGAGCGAAAUCGUGCAUAUAAUAUAAACAUGCGCUGUUUGUUAAUAUCUUAGCUUUAACUUGUUGAAAUAUUAGGGUAUCAUUAUGAGCCGUAUCGAUGAAUGAGAUGUCAGGAACAACAUAUGUUCGAAAGUUAAAUUAGAUUUUGAGUCUGUUUAUGACAAGUGGAUUCGUCCGUUUGCAAAUUUAUUUAUGACUUGACCUUUGAGAGUUUUUCAUUUUUUAAAUCGCUGGUUUGUUUUUCUAUUGCCAUUGUAACGUCAAACGUAUUAAAAAGUAAGUCCAGAAGACGUACGCGCGUUUUUUAAAGAAAAGUAUGAAAAAAACUUAUAAAAAAAAAAAAAAUGUUAAAGAAGUAUAUAAAUGUCGAAGAACCUCGUUCGAUUUCUUACUGCUAAUUGCAUUUAAUUCGAAAUUAAAAGAUAAUCGUAUGUAUAAAAUAAACGAAAUAUAUACACAAUGGACGAUACAAAACUGCUGGAAAUACACAGGAAUUCGAGGUGAAACGAGUGUGGUCUGUUUGUUUUGUUUAGAUUCGGGUGAACGUUCCUGAUAAACUAUAAUUGAUAUCCAUGAGUAAUUAAUAAUGCGUAUUAUUUCAUAAAUAUUUUUUAUUUAUGUCGUCACCAUUUGUCACCAGGCUCGUCACGUUGAUUAAAGGAAUCCAGAGGAUCUAAGCGAUACUUUCGAAAGGAAGUAUCGCGAAUGCACGUAUGCAAUGUUUAAAAACAAAGCAACAUUAAUUUCAGGCAAUGUAAUAACGCGAUAUUUUAGUGUAAAUGUUUAUAUUUACCAUCGAGUUGUCGAAACAUCGGAAAAAUUUUCCUAAAACCUACUUCUUCGUACAAUUAAAUUGUCACCGAAGUUUUUUGGUGUUUGCGAAAAAAACGUUUGAGGGAAUUCAUGCCAAGCGUUGUUUUUCGCUCCCAAAUGUUACAUAUGAAAGUGCUGCAAUUCUCGUAUUUUUAUAUUUCAAGUAUUUUCGUAUAAACCAUGGUCAGUUAUAUGCUUUCGAAAUAUGUUAGUCUUAUAGUUUAGAGUAUAUUCAAAAUGUAAAUAGAAGUUUUAAUACAGCAUGUAUAAAAAUA